UUUCGCUUUCCGGCGCGUCGGUUCGGUUGGUUGCCUUUCGCGUACUCCAAAACUGAAUUGUGCGUAAUACGAUGUUCAGAGUGUGCCGAUGUAACAACGGACGAUUGCCUCGAUACGCCGGGUCACCCAAGAUCGUGCGUACAAUGCGUGAUCGCUUGUUUACGAAGCGCGGCGUCAUUUGCUUGUCGCGUCAUUGCUUCGAGAACUUUCCCGCGCGCGUAUUCGCUCGUCGUUCGUGCGAUGGAGUACCGUGAGUGUGUCGAGUGAACCGUGCUGCUUGAUCGUCGCGCGAUUAUAUCAGAAAAUUCUCGAAUAGGAGCGAAUUGCGUCCUCUGUUCGUUGUGUUUACGCGUAUUUCCAUAAAUUGUUUUCGCCAUCUCUUUCGGGGUACCGUGACGUCACGCGCUCUUGGUUGUUUGUCGCUGCCAUGUUUAUUUUCGUUUCGUCGCCGGUCGGACACACUCCGUGCUCCAAAUCUAAUGGGUGCGUAAAUACGGUGUUCAGAGCAGUUCAGAGUGCCGAUGUAAUAACAGACGAUUGCCUCGAUACGUCGAGUCACACAAGGUCGUGCGUAUAAUGCGUGAUUGCUCGUUUACGAAGCGCGGCGUCAUUUACCUGUUGCGUUGCCUCGAGAGCUUUCCCGCGCGCGUAUUCGCUCGUCGUUCGUGCAAUGGAAUACCGCGAGUGUGUCGAGUGAAGCGCGCUGCUUGGUCGUCGCGCAAUUAUAUCAGAAAAUUUUCGAACAGGAGCGAAUUGCGUCCUCUGUUUGUUGUGCUUACGCGUAUUUUCAUAAACGGCUCUCGCCACUUUUUCCGGGGUACCGUUACGUGACGUCACGCGCCUUCUCGGUUGUCCUUGUCGCUGCCAUGUUGAUUUUCGCUUCGUCGCCGGUCAGACACGCUCCGUGCUUUACCCGUGCUCCAAAUCUGAAGUGUCGAAAGUUCUUUAUGCAAUAUUUAACACCUGUUGCGUCGCGGCAAGCUAAAGUCUCGUCCGCGUUUUGCGUUUUAUUCGCGAGUGAAGUUCGCGUAAUGAGUCUGCGGAGAAUAUUGAAAUGAAGUACUGGACGGUUGUUAUUGCUGUGCGGAAUGUUUGAAAAUUGUGGGAAACGGCACCUGUUCUGCAAUUCUUUUCUUCGAGUGCAGCUAAAGCAGACCUUUUCAUAACAUCCUUUGGCUGGUCAUCUGUGAUCAUACUUCAUUAGCGACAAAGAGUUAGAGAAUUGAAAGCCUUCAGGUGAGACCGCAAAGUAGCUUCCUCUUUUCCUUGAGGAAAAACAGCGAGGAAGACUCCAGAUCAGAAGAACGUCUCAGCGGACGAUAAAGAAAAAAAAAAAUAAGGAGAAAGAUAAGGAGGGGAGAAGCAAAGUCGCAUCGAUUCUUUUGCGAAUUCAUCGACGCCUACGCCGACGAGGCAGCGAUUAUUAAGAGGAUGUUCACGAGAUGCUCGCUCGGAAUAGAUCCGCCUGUUAGUUCCUAAGUUCGCCUAAUCCACAACAGACACGUCGAACGUCAUGUCGAGUGACGAGGAUCAGCAGCAGCAGCAGGAGGAGGAGGAGAAACCAUUCGUCGUGGAGCGCGCGAAAACCGGCCGCGCGAAAUGCAAGAGGUGCAAAUGUCCGCUCGAAAAGGACGAGAUACGGAUCGGGAAGUACGUGGCGAGCUUCUUCUCGGACGGCAAGUUGAUGCCGGCCUGGCACCACGUCACUUGCAUGUUUGAAGCGUUCGCGAAACAACGCGCCAGCACCAAGAGGAUCGACGAUCCCGCGGAGGACGUGAAGGGUUGGGAGCAAUUGUCCGACGACGACAAAAAGAUCAUUCUGGACAAGCUGGAGGCAUUCGAGAAAUCUUCGCCGGGCAAAGCUUCGAAGAAGGCUCCAACGUCACGUAAAGCGGCUCCCUCUUCUGGUAAUUCCUCGGGGAAAACACCCAAGAAGGCUCCGGAGCAGAAAAAGAUUGUGGCGGAUGUUAAAGAAAAAAAUAAGGGGAAAGAUAAAGAGGGGCAAAGCAAAGUCCCAUCGAAGGAUGAUUCCUUUCGCGAAUUCCGACGCGUGUGCAGCAACGUCGCCGACGUCGACGCCUACACCGACAAGACUGCGGUUAUUAAGAAGAUGUUCACGAAGGGAUCGCUGGGAGACGGUUUUAAGAGUGACAUCGUGCUCUGGUGUAAACUGUUGCUGCCCGGCGCCGUGAAGAGAAUUUACAACUUGCAGAGCAAACAGCUGAUAAAGUUGUUCGCGCGAUUAUUGGUCCAGGAUGAGGACGAGAUGCUGGAACAUCUGGAGCAGGGCGACGUGGCAGAGACGAUCAGCGUGUUCUUUGAAAGUAGCGUUGCCGUGUCGCCUUGCGCCGCGAGCGUAUUAACGAUCCAAGACGUCGAUCUCUUUUUGGAAAACUUGUCGCGUCUGACCAAAGAGGAGGAACAGAUCCAGCAUUUUCGAUCAAUCCUAAAUAAAUGCACCGCCAACGAUCUGAAGAUGAUCAUACGUCUGAUCAAACACGAUCUAAGGAUUAACUCUGGACCGAAACACAUUCUCGAGGCGGUCCACCCGGACGCGUACAAGGCCUUCCAGAUGUCCCGAGAUCUGGAAACGGUGGUGCGACGUUUCCUGCCGGAUCAGGAAAAGCCUUGCACCUCGGGCUUACCUUUAAGUCGGAAUAAAGUGGCCCUUUCGCUGAUGACACCCGUUUUACCAAUGCUGGCAGAAGCAUGCACCUCCGUGGAAAUGGCGAUGCGGAAGUGUCCAAAUGGGAUGUUGUCGGAAGUCAAGUACGACGGCGAGCGCGUGCAAGUGCACAAAAACGAAAACGAGUUCCGAUACUUUAGCAGAUCCCUCAAGCCGGUUUUGCCGCACAAGGUGAAUUUAUUUAAGGAUUACAUAGGGCGAGCGUUUCCCGAUGGUGACGAUUUAAUUCUCGAUUCUGAGAUUCUCAUGGUCGACAAUGAGACCGGGCAACCUUUGCCGUUCGGCACUUUAGGAAUUCACAAAAAAGAAGAAUUCAAAAACGCCAAUGUGUGCCUUUUCGUCUUCGAUUGUUUAUAUUACAACGGCGAGAUACUGAUAAACAAAUCUAUGCUGGAGCGCAGGAACAUCUUGAAGGAUAGGAUGACCGAGAUACCGAAUAGAAUAAUGUUGUCGGAAGUUCACGAAGUGCAUGAGCCGCGGGAAUUAGCGGAAAGGAUUAUCCACGUGUUGAAAUUGGGUCUCGAGGGUUUGGUUCUGAAAGACAUCGAUAGCAAAUACGAGCCGGGCAAGAGGCACUGGUUGAAGGUAAAAAAGGACUAUCUGUGCGGCGGUGCGAUGGCUGAUAGCGCAGAUCUCGUUGUGCUUGGUGCAUGGUACGGCACGGGCAACAAAGGCGGCAUGUUGUCAGUCUUCCUAAUGGGCUGCUACGACCAGAAGCGCGACAAGUGGUUAACCGUUACCAAAGUACACACGGGGCAUGACGAUGCCACUCUGGCGGUGCUUCAGGAUCAACUCGACAUGGUGAAGAUCGGCAAAGACCCGGAGAAGCUACCGAGCUGGUUGCACGCCAAGAAACCCAUGGUGCCGGAUUUUGUGGCGAGGGAUCCCAAGAAGCAGCCGGUGUGGGAGAUAACGGGCGCCGAGUUCACGAACCAAGGGGUGCACACCGCGGAGGGUAUCAGCAUCCGGUUUCCGCGCGUCACACGGAUCCGCGACGACAAGGACUGGUCGACGGCCACCAACCUGGAUGAGCUGCGCACUCUCUUCCGAAGGAAGCCCGAGUCCGUCAAUUUUGAUCACCUACUCGGCACGUUGGGGGAUGCCGAGGACGUCCCGAGGAAGAAGCUGUCCGAUUCUGCAAGCACGUCGCCAAGGAAGACCAAAAUAGCAAGAAUCAACUCGUGGGACGAGCCAUCGACGAGUUACAAGGUGAAGGAGGAGCCGAUGGACAUCAAGAAAGAAGUCAAAGGGUCGCUUCCAACAGAAGGCCGAAAGAAACGAAAGGAGGAUGAAAGCGACGAAACCUCGCCCGACAAAAUCCGAUCGGAGAAAAAGAGAUCGAAGGUAAAGCGCGAAAUUAAGAGGGAAACGGAGGCUCCUUCGUCGACAAGAUUCAAGAAGGAGGGAAGAGCGGAUUCGGGAAGCGAACGGCAAGGGGAAGAUCGUCUCGCUGGCGGGACGGAGAGAUCUUUCGAGUCCUCGUUCGACGCGAAUACCUCCGAUUCGGAUAUUGAGGAUGCCAAAUUCAACAACGUGCUGCAAGAUGUGCGAGCGAGUCUCGCACCUGGUUUCGAUUCGAGCAGAAGAAAGAACGUACGACGAUUGCUUAAAACACUCGGCGCCACGAUAGUAACGCCGGUGAACGGACACGACUCGACGGCGACCCACGUCAUCCACACGCGCACGGAAAUUCCGUCCUCGGCCGUCCUCGGGGACUAUGCGGAAUAUCCGCGGACCGUCAGGCACGUGAAUGUGUCCUGGCUGGAGGAAACGGCGACGCGAUCGAGGCGGCAGGACGAAAUCUGGCAUGCGGUCCAGCUGGCUGGCGAUUACUGCAACUGCCCAUGCACGCAUCGAUAACGCAGCAGGUAUGCAUCCCACGAUUUAUAUAAAUAACACAAUGCACGUGUUUUUGAUAAAAUUUGUAAAUGUUGGGAAAAUAUUUAAAUUUAUAAUAUUUAUAUUCGAAUAUAUUUAGUUUGUAACUACUCUAUAACAAUACAAAACGUAAAUGUUUGUUUGGUGAAAACAAAAAGUAGAAGGUAAAGGAGAGAAGAGUCUGAUAAAUUUUCUUCUUACUCUUCUAAUUUUUUCUCCAUACUUUAAGUAAAUAUUUUUACAUAUCUUUAUAAAUAUUAGGUAUGUGCAAAAUACGUAAUUUAUGUACAACUUGCUUCGCAAAUGUCUUUGAUAAAAUUUGUAAAUGUCAAGAAAAUAUAAAAAAAAAUAUAACAGAGUAAUGAAAGUAAAAAAUAAAAACAUAAGCAAAGAAAAAAGGAAUGUUCUUGAUCGACUAUAAAACUACUUCUUGGUUUAUCUGUCUAAUAUUUCUUUCUUAUUUCAAGUAAAUGUUUGCAUGUAUUUAUGAAGAUAAAGCAUAUGCAAAAUUUAUAUAUAAAACACUAUUUACAAAAAAAGCAUGCUUGAAUCAUGAAUAUUUUUAAUAAAGUUUGUAAAUGUUAAGAAUAUAUUUAAAUAUAUAACUGAGCAUAAUAGAAAAAUUUUUAAACGAAAAAAAAGAUAAAAACCAAGAAGAAUGUUUUUAAUUGAUAAUAAAAAAUAAAAUUACUUUUUUGGUUUAUUUUUUUAAUAUUUCUUUUCUAUUUCAAAUAAAUUUCUGCAUACAUUUAUCGGGCAUGUACGAAGCACACUCAAUUUAUAUAUGAAAAACGUGUUUGCGUCAUAAAUAUUUUUAAUUAAAUUUGUAAAUGUUGAGAAAAUAUUUAAAAAUGUAAUAAAGCACGAUAUAAGUUUUUUGAGGAGAAUAAAAAAUAAAAGCAUAAGGCAAAAGAAAACAGGAUGUCUUUGGACGACAAUGAAAUUACUUUCUGGUUUAUCCUUUUAAUUUUUUCCUCCUAUUUCAAAUAAAUUUCUACACACUUUUAUGAAGACGAAACGUAUAUAAAACAUACGUGUGUUGUAUAUACUACGUAAGAAUACAGACGAAUAAUAAAUGAUCGUCACAUACUCAUUCGCGCGGCGAACGAGUCGCUUCUGACUUUUUGAGGGAUAAAAUAAUUGGGAUAAUCUUAUCAAGAAUUAACACAAAAAAUUUGUGAACAAUUGACGAAGUAUGUUUCCGCUCUGUGUACGAUUAAGCGAAUUACAAGUGGAUCCAAUUCGCUAAGUGGCAUCUCGACGAUUAAACCCGGGGACUGCAAACAAGUAGUGUCGCGGUGAAUUAAAUUGUAACAUCGUCGGCGCUUCGUGUUUCAGACGAUCAUUGCGAAAUCAAUCGACGGAUAGGGGUGAGAAACAUUUUACGCGAUCGUGGGGCCAAUUACAAUAGUUUAAUCAUAGAACUCUGCGAUGUGUACAGGCGAGACACAUUGAUAACAGACAAAUGAGAUUACGCAUUAAUUAAACAUAGUAUAUAUUUCUAUAUUGUAUAUUAAUAUAUGUAUGUGUAUGUGUAAUGUCGCGUGAUAUAGCGAUACAAUUGGUUGGCCGGUAGGUUUACAGCAC